AUAGCAGCUCUGUCACGUCAGGAGGUUGCAAUGAGUGGAGGAGGGGAGCAGCCUGACAUCCUCAGCGUGGGAAUCUUGGUCAAAGAAAGAUGGAAGGUGUUGAGGAAAAUAGGAGGUGGAGGAUUUGGAGAAAUUUACGAUGCACUGGACUUGCUUACUCGGGAAAAUGUUGCACUGAAGGUCGAAUCAGCUCAGCAACCAAAGCAAGUGCUGAAAAUGGAAGUAGCUGUGUUGAAGAAAUUGCAAGGAAAAGAUCAUGUCUGUAGAUUCAUUGGUUGUGGAAGGAAUGACAGAUUUAACUAUGUGGUCAUGCAGUUGCAGGGUCGGAACUUGGCAGACCUGCGUCGGAGCCAGUCUCGAGGAACAUUCACCAUUAGUACCACUCUGCGACUUGGGAAGCAGAUUUUGGAAUCUAUUGAAAGUAUUCAUUCUGUGGGAUUCCUUCACAGGGACAUAAAACCGUCUAACUUCGCAAUGGGACGUUUUCCUAGCACCUGUAGGAAGUGUUAUAUGCUGGAUUUUGGCUUGGCACGGCAAUUUACCAACUCAUGUGGGGAUGUCAGACCACCACGAGCUGUCGCUGGUUUUCGAGGAACAGUACGAUAUGCAUCAAUCAAUGCUCAUAGAAACAGAGAAAUGGGUCGGCAUGAUGACCUCUGGUCCCUGUUCUACAUGUUGGUGGAAUUUGUGGUUGGGCAGCUGCCUUGGAGAAAAAUAAAAGAUAAGGAGCAAGUGGGCUCCAUUAAAGAAAGGUACGAGCACAGACUUAUGUUGAAACAUCUUCCUCAAGAAUUCAACACCUUUCUGGAUCACAUUUCGAAUUUAGAUUACUUUACAAAGCCUGAUUACCAGCUUCUCAUGUCUGUGUUUGACAACAGCAUGAAAACGUUUGGGGUUAUUGAAAGUGACCCUUUUGACUGGGAGAAGAGUGGAACUGACGGUUCUCUGACAACAACAACAACUUCAACCACACCUCAGUUACACACUCGUCUUACUCCAGCUGCAAUUGGAAUUGCCAAUGCCACUCCUAUCCCAGGAGACUUGCUGCGAGAAAACACAGAUGAAGUGUUUCCUGAUGAACAGCUCAGUGAUGGAGAGAAUGGUAUCCCAGCUGGUGUCUCACCAGAGAAACUACCUGGUUCCCCUGGGCAUCAGCGUCCUCAGGAAAAAGAUGUUUGGGAAGAAAUGGAUGCAAACAGAAACAGAAUAAAACUAGGGAUCUGUAAGGCUGCCACAGAGGAAGAAAACAGCCAUGGGCCAGUGAACGGAAUGCUUAAUGCACCGAGUCUUGGUUCUCCAAUUCGUGUUCGCUCAGAGACCACCCAGAUAGACAGAGAUGUCCCACUGGUGCGAAAGUUACGUUCAAUUCACAGCUUUGAACUGGAGAAGCGUCUGACGUUGGAGUCAAAGCCAGACACAGAGAAAUUUCUUGAGACCUGUUUGGAGAAGAUGAAGAAAGACUUGAACGCUGCAGCAGAGACUCCGGGUGCUGAUGUUCCACCUCUUCCUCAGAAAACACCCAUUCAGACUGCCCGCAUGGACCAUGUUUGGCACUAUGAUGAAGAAUAUCUUCCAGAUGCUUCAAAGCCUGUGUCAGCUAGUUCUCCAGAGCAUGUUGAUGGUGUUAUGAGUAAUGGAUUUGUAGCUGUCAACUUAAACUCCUGCAGGCAGGAGGUUGAUUCUAAGGAAUGGGUGAUAAUAGAUAAGGAACGGGACUUGCAGGACUUCAGGACAAAUGAGGCUUUAGGGCACAAAAUGACUGGAAGUCCCUCAGAUGAAGAGCCAGAGGUACUACAAGUUCUAGAGGAGUCCCCCCCAGAGGAGCGGUCCGGACAGGGUGGUUGGGCAGGAAACAGUGUCCAUGCCAAGAACCAAACCUCAGGGGUGGAGUUUGUUCUAGCCAUGGAGUGUCAUCCUGCUGCUUCCGAACAACUUACAGAUAAAUUGGAACUUCUCUCUGGAGCUGCUGGACAGCUUCUUGCAGCCACCCCUACAAGUCCUAUGGAAGCUCAGGCAGAGGGAGCACUCACUCCGAUAACAAUACCCAGACCUUCAGUGGCAUCCACACAGUCUGCUUCAGAGAGUUUUCAUUAUGGCCACCAGCUAGAGAAAAGAGAGCAGGAUGCUCAGUCUAUGGAACACACUGUGGAACUUUCCUCUCCCAAGGAAAGUUUGCCAGGUUUGGUUGUGACAGAAGACGCACUUCCAGCUAGUGCCAGCAGACCAGAAUUGGUACUUAAUAUCAGCCAAGAGGUGCUUGACAGGGACGAGCUUGUAAAAGAAGGUGUCAACUCCCUGGACUGUGGCCAAAAGGACCUACCUGAACAACACAGCGGGAUACAGGAAGAGAAGGAACUUGAAAAUAUUCCUGUAGAGGAGGCUGAGGAAGAAGGGCUGCCAGUGGUUUCAGAGGACGCCGUUGAAGUGCUAAGCAAAGAACAGAUUUCUUCUUUGCCAGGAAACUCAAAAUCUGCAGAGGAAGAACCUCUAACGAACACUGAAGCUGCUGAAGAAUCAAAGCCAAGGCCUGGCUGUUUGCUGCCAAAUCAUGAUGAGGUUGUGAAGUCGAUAGCACCUAAAACAUCAGAAUCUUCUCCCUCAAGACUUAGCAAACCAGAUGUUAGUAGACAGCCAAGCAAAACAGCAUCAGUUCAGGAAAAUGGUUUUCAUUCUAAUAAGGAAGAAGUCCAUAUCCAAGACUUGAAAUGCCACCAAGUGGCCCUUACUACUUUUUUGCACCAGGAGGAUAAAAAGGAGAAAAACGCUCCCAGAAAUGGAGAGUUAUUCCAUUGCAUUUCAGAAAAUGAGAAUUCUCAUCGAUCUAAGAAGGACUUGGUUAAAUCUCCUUUUGUAUUCAGGCAGAGCCGAAUCCCAGUUUUAGCACAAGAGAUAGACUCGACGUCAGAUUCCUCUUCUCCUGUUUCAGCAAAAGAGAAGCUGCUUCUAAAAAAGGCCCAUCAGACAGACUUGGUCAGACUACUUAUGGAAAAGAGACAGCUCAAAUCUGUCCUUGGUGACCUCUCAAGUGCCUCUGAUAAGUCACUGGAAGAAAAAAUGGCUGCUGCUCCAGUACCAUUUUCUGAGGAUGAUGUCUUAUCCUCAUUUUCUAGAUUGACACUGGACUCUCAUUUCAGCAAGCAGACGGAAGAUAGUUCUUUAUCUCCAAGCAGCCCUCAGUCCAGAAAAAGCAAGAUUCCAAGGCCAGUGUCCUGGGCAACCACUGAUCAAGUCACCAGUUCAAGUUCAGCUCAGUUUGUUCCUCGGCCACCAACAGGAAGACCGCCUACUAGACCUGCGGUAGAAGCUAGGUUACGCAGAUACAGAGUCCUAGGGAGUAGCAGCUCGGACUCGGAUCUUAUCUCUCGCCUGGCUCAAAUCCUACAGAAUGGAUCUCAAAGACCAAGGAGUUCUACCCAGUGUAAGAGUCCAGGAUCUCCACAUAGUCCAAAAACACCACCCAAAAGCCCUGUCAUCCCCCGACGCAGUCCCAGUGCCUCCCCUAGGAGCUCUUCUUUACCCCGUACUGCCAGUUCUUCUCCGUCCCGGGCUGGGAGACCCCAUCAUGACCAGAGGAGUUCAUCCCCACAUCUUGGGAGGAGUAAAUCACCUCCUAGCCAUUCGGGCUCCUCAUCUUCUAGGAGAUCCUGCCAACAAGAGCACUGCUGCAACAAACCAAGCAAGAAUGGUCUGAAAGGAUCUGGCAGUUCCUUCCACCAUUCCCCAAACACUAAGACUCCUACAGGAAAGAGCAAAUCAACCACUAAGCUUAGCAGAUAG